AUGCUAGACAACGAAAGCGCGUUGGUCAUUCGGCUGGAAGAAGCCAGUUUUUUGCUGUUACAGUGGAUGGCCGAGUCGGACCAAUUUCAGUCAGUCGGUUUCUCGUGGCUCCGGGGACCGUUCACCAGUCGCAAAGCGCGGAUAGCUUCGCGGUGGGCAGCGAUGAUGAGACAGAUAAUCAUACUUCUUCGGACGAAGAGGCAUGUGACGACGAGGGAGCUUUUCUACACCGACGUCAAGAUAUACUCCACGCAGGUGGUAACUAAUAGGACGCUAGCAAAGAUGACUCACUUCUUUGGUGUGCCGCGUGAGGCGCUGCAUGUCUUCGCGCCCUCCAAGAUGCUUGUCAGAGGACCUUUGAUCUUGACCGAGAAAUCCUUAAUCCGAGUCGCAUGCUACGCGAGGCUGAAUUUUGUUUUGACGGUCGAAAAGGAGACAGUGUUUCAGCGCCUUCUUGCAGCGAACUUUACGCACCGUCAGCAGCAGUGUGCGGUGUUGACCCCACGUGGGUACCCUGACAUUACCAGCCGGAAGCUGUUGUCCCUUAUCGCGUCUCAGCUCACUAGCCAGACGAGGCUUUUCUGUCUGUGCGACUGCGACCCUCAUGGCUUGGCAAUAGCAAUGACGCUUGCCUUCGGAGGCAAACAAAGCAAGAGCAAAUACUAUACCGAGGACUUCACUAUACCACAAAUAGAGCCUCUCAGACUGCCCGAGCCGAGAUACGCUGUGUCACGAGGAAUGAUUCGACAGGAGGACGUUUGGCCCAUGACAACCGUAGACCUGAACCUGCUAAAUACGUUGCGGGGUCGCCUGAAAACGCUCGAAAGGCAGCACCCUGGCCACAUACACGAGAGUUGGAGGAAGAGUGUGGAAAGCAUGUGCUGCCAUGGAGCUAAGUACGAGCUAGAUGCAUUCAGCGAUUUGCCAGUUGUUGUUACCUCGCUGAUAACGGAUGCUGUCUCAUCGCUAUAA